GGACAUGGCCGCGGCGGUGGCGGUGGCGGCCGCGUCCCGGCGCCAGUCGUGCUACCUGUGUGACCUGCCCCGCAUGCCCUGGGCCAUGAUCUGGGACUUCACGGAGCCCGUGUGCCGCGGCUGCGUCAACUACGAGGGCGCCGACCGCGUGGAGUUCGUCAUCGAGACGGCGCGCCAGCUCAAGCGGGCGCACGGCUGCUUCUCCGAGGGUCGCUCCCCGCCCGGGACCGCGGCGCCCGCCUCCGCCAAGCCGCCGCCGCUCUCGGCCAAGGACCUCCUCCUGCAGCAGCAGCAGCAGCAGUUGGGCCACGCGGGCCCCGAGGCCGCGCCGCGCGCCCCGCAAGCGCUGGAGCGAUACCCGCUGGCCUCGGCGGCCGAGCGGCCCCCGCGCCUGGGCUCCGACUUCAGCGGCCGCGCCGCCGCCGCCGCCGCCGCGGGCCUGGCCCAGCCGCCCUCCACGCAGCCGCCGCCCGUCAACGGCAUCCUGGUCCCCAACGGCUUCUCCAAGUUGGAGGAGCCGCCCGAGCUGAACCGCCAGAGCCCGAACCCGCGGCGCGGCCACGCGGUGCCCCCCACGCUCGUGCCGCUCAUGAACGGCUCGGCCGCGCCGCUGCCCGCCGCGCUCGGUCUCGGGAGCCGCGCCGCCGCCUCGCUGGCCGCCGUAUCCGGGGCCGCGGCCGCCGGCCUGGGCUCCGCGCAGCCCGCCGAGCUGGGCGCGCACAAGCGGCCGGCGUCCGUGUCCGGUAGCGCGGCCGCGGGCGAGCACGAGCCCCGCGACGCCAAGGAGAAGCAGCCGCCGCCGUCCGCGCACCGGGGCCCGGCCGACGGCCUGUCGAGCGCCCCGGGCGCCUCCGACCUGACCGCGGAAGGCGCGGGCAAAGGCCGCGGGCCCUCGGAGCAGGACUGGGUCAACAGGCCCAAGACGGUGCGCGACACGCUGCUGGCGCUGCACCAGCACGGCCACUCGGGGCCCUUCGAGAGCAAGUUCAAGAAGGACCCGGCCUUGACCGCAGGCAGGUUGCUGGGGUUCGAGGCCAACGGGGCCCACGGGUCUAAAGCAGUUGCAAGAACAGCAAGGAAAAGGAAACCUUCUCCAGAACCCGAAGGCGAAGUCGGCCCCCCUAAGAUCAAUGGCGAGACCCAGCCCUGGUUGUCCACUUCCACAGAAGGGCUCAAGAUCCCCAUGGCCCCCACGUCCUCUUUUGUGUCUCCACCACCCCCUACUGCCUCUCCUCAUUCCAACCGGACCACACCGCCUGAAGCGGCCCAGAAUGGCCAGUCCCCCAUGGCAGCCUUGAUCUUAGUAGCAGACAAUGCGGGAGGCAGUCAUGCCUCAAAAGAUGCCAACCAGGUUCACUCCACCACUAGGAGGAAUAGCAACAGUCCACCCUCUCCAUCCGCUAUGAACCAAAGAAGGCUUGGCCCCAGGGAAGUGGGGAGCCAGGGGGCCAGCAGCGCAGGAGGACUGGAGCCUGUGCACCCCACCAGCCUCCCAGACUCCUCUCUGGCCACCAGCGCCCCCCUGUGCUGCACCCUGUGCCACGAGCGACUGGAAGACACCCACUUCGUGCAGUGCCCAUCGGUCCCAUCCCACAAGUUCUGCUUUCCUUGCUCCAGACAGAGCAUUAAACAGCAAGGAGCAAGUGGAGAGGUCUAUUGUCCCAGUGGGGAGAAAUGUCCUCUGGUGGGCUCCAAUGUCCCCUGGGCCUUUAUGCAGGGGGAGAUUGCCACCAUCCUCGCUGGAGAUGUGAAAGUGAAAAAGGAGAGAGAAUCAUGACUUUUCGCUUUCAGAAAAGCCCAAGAUUACCCUUAAACUGCUUGAACUGUAUAUAUAUCUCCACAUAUAUAUAUAUAUAUAUAUAUACAUAUAUAUAUAUCCAAGACAAGGGAAUUGUAGACUUCAUAAACAUGGCUGUAUAAUUUUGAUUUUUUUGAAUACAUUGUGUUUAUAUUUUUGACAACAAAAGGUAUGUACUUACAAAGGCAUUUCCUCUUUUUGUUACCGUUAUUAACCUAUCAUCUGCUUCACUGUCUGGUGACAGUUGCCCUACUGUUUAGGCUGUGACUUGGCUGGGUUUUUUGUUUGUUUGUUUGUUUGGGGUUUUUUUUUGAGAGCACUUGACAAACAAAUGCUUCUAGCUGUGUUUGUAUGCACUUAUUUUAAAAAGAGAAAAAAAAAGCCAAAUACAUUUUCUGACAUUGUAAGAUGGCCUUACUGUCAUUCCUUACUGCUGGUCUCUCAGGCUGCAGGCCAGUUCGUUAGGAAGGAAAGAGUGGGUGAAAGGGGGCUACUUGUUGAGUGGGCAUCCUGCUGAGAAAUUUCACCACGUUGACCCCCAAACAAGUCUUCCCACUGGGUAGGGAAGUAGCGUGUGAAGUUGUUUUGUUCCUACUGCUCAGUUCUUGGGAUCUUGAUGGUCAGAAUUUUUUUCAGGGUUGUGUGGUUCGGGGUUUGGGAGAAUUUUGUUGUUAAGGCAAAGUUGACCUCGGCUUACUCUGUCCACGUGGCGGGUUGUAAGGUUUCAGUGCUGCCUUGCUCGUUGGUUGCCUGAAGUGCCCUUGUUCCUGCGGUGGUAAGGGGCGGUGCGUGUGUAAGAUGGCCUCAUCUUCCAGCAGCGCCUCCUCGAUCUUGUCUUUCUAAACACCCGGGAGCUCUGUCUGUCACUGCUGUCAUUUCCUGUGAAAGAGUUGCAGGGGUCUUAAGUUGUGUCCUGGUGAACUUGGACCACGUGGGAUUGGUUUCCUUUCUGUUCCGUGUUUUUCUUUCUUUUUUUUUUUUUUAAUCAUUUGCCUGUCAUGCUUCUGUAGCUCCUAGAGCUGACACCAUACCUACACCCUGCUCUAGCCAGUGCUAAACCCAGGAUGGUAGUGACAGUCAUGAGCGCUGCCUGGGCGCCCUGUAGGGUGUCACUGACAAUGAGUGUGGGUGGAGGAGAUCUGCAGUUUCCUUCUUACAUGUAUCUGAAAUACAAAGUGAAUAAUACUGUUCUGGGGGAAAAAAAAAAAAUGAUUAAUCAGUGAAAACAUUCAAGUGAAGGAUUUUUACAUAAUUGGCGGGCCCCACCUCCAACUAUUUUUAGAAGUCUUUUGUAAACUAAUUUCUUUUGAUCAUUGUUUUGCAUUGGUGGGAUGAAUUUUUAUUAAAAGGAAAAACAAUAAAUCAUCCGUUACUAGAAGCAGUUGUCCCUCAGUAAUGCUGUUUUUUUUUUUUUUGUUUUUUUUGCGCUGUUAGGAGUUGACAUUGACAGGACCACGACUUUAAACGCUUGUAUGUUUAGAUGUGUACAACUUGGCCUUACAGGGCUGAAUCAUGGCUUCCGAGUGUGCUGUGAUUUGUGCAGACCGGUCACAGCCUAGUUUCUGUUUUAAUUUGAAAAUCUAGAUGAUCACCCGUCUCAGGUUCUUUUUUUGCUUAUGUAUCUUUAAAAAAUGGUUCAAAGUGUUUUUUAGUGCUCAAGUUUCUAAAAUUUGAGAGUCAUACUGCACCGAAGACAGUAUUUUCGGAUGUUUUCCGCCUGGUGCUGUGUAGACUUGUGUUGUCAUCACUGUGUGCUCCAGUCUUUCGUGGUGAACCAGUUUGUCCUAUUGCUGUAAUUGGAGUGUCUCUGACUCAGGUCAGGCUGGUCUCUGAAGUGAAUGUGUACUUGGAGAAGGCUGUCAACUUCACAUGCCCCUAAAGACGGUUGUGAAGAAGCUGACUAUUAUGGGCUGUUAUAGAAAUGUGUUCCUAAGCACUUUAUGAUAAACUGGAAUUUGACCUCAUAGAUGUUUCAACUAGAUCAGUCAUUUGACCUAAUUUGUGGUGGUUGUCUGUAUCUCGUGAAAUCUUAACGCAGAUAAGCUCUCCAAAAAAAGAACACAGAACCAUUCUGCUGAGGGGGAGAGAAGUCUGCCCAGCUGUGGAAAAGGCCACCUGUGGUUUCUCUGCUGGUGGCCAAGGGGGCAGAACUUCAGGGCUUUAAAGGGCUGUAUACUGUAGUUGCUACUAUUAGAAAAUAAGGUUGUGCACAGCUGUCCAGCACUGUGUGGCCUUUGGGGAAUAAUGCUUGAACCCAGAAUAUGUUCAACUGGGUGUUUGUCCCACUCUCAACCUUGGUUGAGCUCUUGUCCCUGAUGACAGCGGAAGAUUCUCCUCAGCUUGGAUAAGCUUGUCAGAGAGCUACUUACUGUGCCUGGGCAGCAUCAGAUUUCAAAUCUUACUCUCAGCUGUGGUCUCAUACUCAGAAUAUUAGGGAGUGGGAUAUCAAGCCACCCCUCCCCCCUUUUAUUUGCUUCAACUGUUUCUAGAAUUUAACGGAGAGAUAGAUGGUCUCUCAUGUGGCCUCACAUUUAAAGUUAGGAGAACGUACACAUGGUUUACAACUUUCACUAUAUACCUUUCCUUGACCACCAAGUAUUUUUAAGAAUGUGCCACCUUUUAAUCUUUCCUGUCUUGUCUUUUUUUUUUUUAAGUUGAAGGUGAUACUUUUUCUACCUAGGAUGAAACUCAGUGAACUGAAGUAAGUGUAAGCUUAGCUGUCUAUCAGCUUUAUUCUAUUUUAAAAUCACACUCUGGAAACAUCACCUGCAUUCUGUCAUUUGUCAGAUUUACAGUACUUUUUUUUCCCCUUUAAACUUUUAGUAUUAAAUAAAAAUAAAAUUGGGAGCACUGAA